CAUCAAAAGUUCUACACGCUGUCCCAUUUCGAGAAACACAUCUCGUUCAUUUGUGCACUCACCUUCGCGACGAUGACGAUUUCAGGUAACCUUAAAACUGGGACUUACACUCUUCGGAAUGCUAGUACAAAUGACUUUGUCGUUGUACAAGGCCCCAAAACUGCUGCCCUGGUAACAAGCAACGAUGGUCGGGCAGAGAAUGCCGCAUGGGUCCUUGAAAAACUCAGUGGGCAUUACGACAAGUACAACAUCAGAAAUUUCGCGCACAACUCAUAUGCCACUGUCAACAGUGUGCAAAAAAGAAGCGCUGCACUCACCUGUGGGCGCGAGGUGUGCCCUUGGAGCAUCAGACCAACUGGAUACGGAACAUAUGUGUCUGUCUUCCAUCAGCUGAGUAUAUUACGUCUUAUCUUACAGACGCACAUGUACAUCCAGGAUUUCACCACACUCAGAUGCUUCGCUGUUUUGGAGCCUGAAAACGUCCGGGGAUCACUCGCAGGUAAGUAUCAAUGCUCUCGUGAACUGCAGGGUCUACUUACAUAGCAGUUGAUACAGGCGCUAUUGACGGAUGAUCGGACCAACACCGUCCAUUGGUACUUGCAUCGUGUGUCGGCCUGACUCAGAGAUGAAUGAACAAUAGGCUGCGGUGCAGAUGAAGGAUCAUGGCAUAGCCCCCUUGUCCCUAUUCCGAAUCUCGGGUUGGACGCGGGGUGAUUACUUGAUGGAGGUAGCAAGGCGCUGGUACGAUAGUAUAUGAUCUUGUUACCCAUGUAUUCGAACUCAGACAGGUUCUUUGCGCUACACCUUUAUAAUAGUCGAUCGUCUAAUGACGUUAGUCCGUCACAAUAGCCUAUCUGCCGCAUAUUGAACAACCACGACCACAAAAGAGUCGAUUCCAAUUGGAACCCCAC